CUUAAAUCUGACAGUGGAGUCCCUGACGACAAUACUCAAAUGACUUGAGUUUAUUAUCUGUAGCAACUACAGCUGAGCUGCUUGACUUGCCCUAACAACCCCCAUUUAACUUUGGGCGCCAUCCGGUUUUUCGAGAAGGCUGUUGAUCAACAAGCCGACUCUCAUUCUCGGAAUUUCCGUUCUCGUAAAGUGUCAUUGUCAUUGAUUUCUAGUGCUUCGCGACUGUAUCUCACUCCGUGUUUUCUUUUUUGAACCACGCCAAUCCACUCCAUUUCUGUCCGAUUCUCAUCAUCAACCACAGAAGAAAAGCAAAAUGCGCUGCACAUACAUCGCCCUCGCCCUCGCCCUCGACAGCACCGCCGCCUACAGCCCCGACUCAUGGACCUUCGGAUACGGCUUCCACCUGGGUCCCCCGGCCCACGGCCAGAUCACCAAGGCCACAUACUCGAUCGCCACGCCCCGAGUGCCCCAGGGGACGACGGUGAAGGACCCCCGCGAUGAAGUCUGGACCUCCAUCUGGAUCGGGGUGUCCGCCACGCAGGGCGACGCGAGCAACAGUCUCUAUCAGCCGUUGCUCAAUUGGUCGCCGGACCAGAAGUCCCAGGGCUGUUCGGCUGGAGCGGAGGAGUGGUGCGUGGCUGCUAGUACGUAUACUUCGGCCGGCCAAGUUGCGCAGCCGUACGUCCCCGUGGCGAAGGAUGCGCUGGUGGAUUUCGAGAUCCAAGUCCAAGUCCACCAAUCCGUCCGCAUCGCCGACACCCUCGUCUCCCAGCAGACCGACCCCCUCACCAACCCCCUGCAGUACCUCUACUCCGCCGACGAAUGCUACACCGGGUCAGGCGCCUGCGGCUCGUUGCCGGGCUAUAGCUGGACCAACAUUACCAUCGUCCUCAGCGAGGCGGACCCGCUGUUCGGGCAGACGUUGUCUUUGGUGGGCGCGACGAGUAGUCCUCACGGCUUCUUGACCGCGGAUGGGGGCCGUACGUGGCAUGCGGAGGCGGUGGGGAUUCCCGUGGAUGAUUUCACGGCUAAGCAUUAG